UCGCCAUCCAUCACCAUGCCCCCGUCAACAGGAAUAUACGGACCGCUGCUCCUCGAGGAGCCGCUUGUGCGCACUCCUUACGAGCUCCUUCGACGCAGUCACCGUAGCGCUCAGCGACAGGUCGAGAAAGAGUUUACCGUGGUGCAGACGCAACUCGCCAACCUUCUCAGGAACCUCACUGGCACCGAUGCAGACAAGGAGACGACUUUAGCCCGCCUAGACACGUGUAGCGAACGCGUGCGCGGUCUCAAGCGCAAGCUCGACGACCUCCAGCCCGCACCUGGGGCGCCUGGCGCCGCUGUGCUCCGCGAGCGCCUAAGCCACAUUGACGGGGCGCUGCUGGCGCCCGCGCAUGCACGCGAAGCCGAGAAGGAGGCGGAGAGGGCGCGGGAUUUGGCCCUCCUGUCAGGCAAGAAGGAAGAAUCAGAGCUAGAGGCCAAGGACGGGGAGGACGGGAGUGAGGACGAUGCCAUGGAGGUCGACGGGGCUGAUGAGAAAGAGCAGGAGAUUGCCAAGCUCAAGGCCAAGGCCAGAGCCAAGGCCAAGGCUGAAAUCACCGAGCAUUUUGAGAAGAAGAGCACGAGCUCGGCCAGCGCUGCGUUGAACAAUCGUGCCCCCGGAGACCGCACGGUGGACAGGUACAUUGUCGACCACCUUCUGCGGACGGGGCGGAUGAAGACGGCCAAGACGCUCGCCGCAUCGCAGGGCAUCGAAUCUCUCGUUGACAUCAAGUUGUUUGCUGAGCUCGUCCGCAUCGAGACGGCGCUCCUCGAGAAGCACUCGGUCACCGAAGCGCUGGCGUGGUGUGGCGAGAAUCGCGGGACACUCAAGAAGCAGGAAUCCGACCUCGAGUUCACGCUGCGCACGCAAGAGUUUAUCGAGCUGUGCCGACGGCGCGAUACAGCAGGCGCCAUCGCGUACGCUCGCAAGAACCUCGCGCCGUGGGCUGCUACCCACAUGCCUCAGCUGCAGAGCAGCAUGACGCUGCUCGCGUUCGGCGAGACCACCGGCGUUCAGGCUUACCGCAAACUAUACGACGCGUCGCGGUGGAACAAGGUACGGGAGGAGUUCCGAGAGACCUUCCUAGGGAUCUAUGGGCUGCCUUCGCAGUCGCUGCUGGCCCUAUCACUCUCCGCUGGUCUCUCGUCACUUCGCCUUCCAGCGUGCGCACCUUCGUCUCCGCUUAUGCCCGCGAAGGAGGAACACCAGCCUGCACAUACGCAGCCCCUCCUCCCCAUCCCGCCAGCGGCCGAGCUUACCGGUGCCCCGGUCUCGUCGAUCGGGACGCUGCUUGAGGAGAGCCGGAGCCGUGCGACUCCCCAUGCGGUUGUUCCCGAAGUGGACGAGGAUGAGCCCGCUGUGCCGCAGCAUAUCGCCGUCGUUGACUGCCCGACAUGCGCCGAGGACAUGCGCGUGCUGGCCAAAGAAGUGCCGAUGGCGCACCAUGUCAACUCGACGCUGGUAUGUGCUAUCAGCGGCGACGUCAUGGACUCGAACAACGAGCCGAUGGCAUUCCCCAACGGGUCGGUGUAUUCCAGCCGCGCCCUGACUGAGAUGGCCAAGAACAACUUUGACGUUGUGACCUGCCCCCGCACAGGCGAGACGUGCGCCUUUUCGCGACUACGCAAGGUGUACAUUUCGUAGUGCUGAUAUUGCUUUGCACGCGCUACUCGUGUUGUAUACCUGAAUUUGUCUGCAGAUGUGCCAAAUAUGAGUGUUAUCGUGGACAUGAUGUAGAUGGAUAAAUAAAUAUUAGCUUUGGUCUCACAU